AUGAACAGCAACGAGGAUGUAAGAAGCGGUUCGGCGGCGCUGAACAAGCGACAACGACUUUUGAAUAUCAUGAGGACUACACGGGACGUUUACGUACCUACUUUCACAACGACAAUCUCACAGCUGAAAUCAGAAGCCAGCAGCACAAUAAGAGGUUACUACGAUGGAUCUGGUGCGGCUGGUACAGCUCCAGUGGGCGGGCACCCGAUUUGGCCGGCAGAUAUGCGAACUUUGAUAUACCCUUCAUACACACGCAUGGUGGAUCAAAACCGUUUUGAAACACACAUUAGAGGUCUAGUCUAUACGCCUGGCACCAUGAACCGCAAAUCACGACUAGUGCUAUCUUUGUGUCGACAACUGAUAAGACCCACGUCUCCUGGCGCAAAAGCCAAUUUCGAUGAGCAAUUGGCAAUUCCAUCGAGCGAUUCACAAUCGACUUUUGAAACUAGCUCAAGUCAAUCGUCUUUGGGGCUAGAUUCCAGCGAGGAAGAUAUCCUUCGUUCCAGGAUAUCUGGUUUUUUGCAAAAACACAUUAUGGGUGUCACCAUGACAAUCGAUAUUUUAGGCGGUUCAAAUCAGCAUGAGUUUACUAAUAUCGCUACCGACAAUUGGGGCAAUUAUGAUAUCAAAAUCCUGACGUCUUUCAAACCCGAAAAGAUCAACGCAAAGAUUGACGUGCCCGACGGUAUGUGUGUAGACUGUCCUGUCAAUAUAGUGCGAGAAUAUGGAUUUGCUCUAAUAAGUGACGUUGAUGAUACCAUUAAGCAUACAGGUGUGACUGGAGAUAAAAGGUCGCUCUUUACCAACGUAUUUGUGCACGAUUUCAACUUUUGGGCUGUUCCAGGGAUGUCAUUGUGGUAUAAUACGCUGAAGGAUUCCGAGAAUGUCAAUUUCUUUUACGUUUCCAACUCCCCUUUUCAGUUGUUUCCUCUUUUGGACGACUAUAUAUCCCAGUUUUUUCCGACAGGCCCGCUUUUCUUGAAGCGGUAUUCGGGCAACCUCGUAUCGAGUUUAAUGUCGUCGAGUGCAAAACGCAAAUUAGGCUCCAUACUUGGCAUUUUGGCUGAUUUUCCACAUAAAAGGUUCAUACUAGUUGGAGACUCUGGUGAGAGAGAUCUGGAGGCGUAUACCGAAGCGGUCAAGCAAUUCCCAUCACAGAUUGCGGCGAUCUAUAUCAGAUGUUGCAAAGAUUCCAUGAGCGAUUUGGCGGUUAACACGCCAAAAGUAGCUGACGAAUUGAAUUUGAUGAUUGAAAAGAAAUAUUACAAUUCGGUUGGCGCUCCAAGAUGCUACGACACUACUGAUGACCACUUAACUAAUGAGGCUUCAUCCAAUACAUUUUUGUCGAACAGUGAGGAGAAACGUAAGCCAAAUAAACCGCAACAGAAGCCAUGUCUAACGAGUGAUCAGCAACACGAAAUCGAUAUGUCCAAGAACGUAGCACCAGCUCUUCCGCCUAGAAAGCAUGCUACUUUCCCGACAAGUAGUAAGGAUCCAUUAACGUUUGACCGCAGCUACACUGAUGACGCUAUAUACUGUACACCAUCUUCGCAAAAUGAUUAUGGAGCGUACUCCACUUUCUUUGAUUCCAAGGCGGAUUCCUGGCGUCAAAGGGUAAUGCAUACAAUUCUAGAACUGAAAAACUGUGGAGCGAAGGUCCGGUUUCAAUUUUUCACACAGCCGGAAUUGUGUUUGGAGGACAGCAUAAAUCUGAUUAGAAAAGAGAAGAAUGAGAGCGGAAGCGGAUAG